AUGUUUUUAGCCUCAACAAAGAACAGACUUUCCAACUCCACAAUAAAGCAAAUUAAAGCGCAAUUUCCGGUAGAUCUGUCUCUCUUCUUCACCAAGGAGGAUGUCUUUGAAUCAAUCAAAACAGCAGAUAAAAUAACUUACAUCUUCAGGAACGGUGUGCCCGUGUUUAGAGCCGAUGGAGACGCGUAUAUUCCAACAGUUAAGUGCGUCCACAUGGCUCCAGAAAUACUGAAGAAAGUGAUUGUAGAUAAAGGCGCAAUAAAACACUUGAUCAACGGCGCAGAUGUCAUGGCGCCUGGCCUGCUGCACAGCACGUCAGAGUACCCUUUGGUUUCAGUGGGUGACCUCGUGGCUAUCUACGGAUAUGAUAAAGUCUCUGCUCUGGGCGUGGGAAUGGUUGAAAUGGACAAUGACCAACUUGAGGAGCAAAGAACAGGAGUAGCCAUCAAGAUGCUAAGCCAUCUCGGAGAUAAGAUAUACUCCUAUGCAGGAUAG